AUGGGCGGCGUGCAGCCGAGCCAGGAGCCGGGGACGACGGUGACACCGCCCCUGCCACGGACGACUGCAUCGGAUCAAGCAAACAUCACGCCGGAGGAUGAGUCUACGCUGUCAGAGCUGGACUCUCCAUCAGAUCCGUCACAGUCAACCAUGGCGGCGUCGACUCAGAAGCGAUGGCUCACGCAGCCAAACUCGAAGAUCGCCAAAGCAGACCUCCUCCGAAUACUCCGUCAAGAAGAUGCAUGGGAGAGUCUGCCGCGAGAGGUCAGGCAAAAUCUCUACAAUUUCUUGCCACAGCCGACAGAAGGAGAGCCCGCCCACAACGUGGACGUCCAUCCUCUCAAGACGCAGUACAAGCAGUACAUCGAGGAUGCCAUUCGCACGUGGCAACAGGAUCUGAUCGACGGAAGGGAAGUCCAGUCAUGGCGUGAGCAGGCCAUGCAAGUGGAGCAGGAUCGGCAAGACGGCAAAUGGGAUGAUUUCAAGGCCUAUCAGAGGGAGGCGGACUGGGGCGAUGAUGGUGAGGAUGAAGACGGCGAAGGCAAUGAUGUGAAGAAUGACACGAACGGUGUGGCGACGAACGGUGCGGCAUCUGAGGACGAAGAGGAUUCCGAGGGAGAGGAGAUCGAGGUGAAGCCGAAGUCGUACUUGACCAUGGGACAGAGGGUCACCGCGAAGAGAGUCAUCGCGGAUUCAGAUGAUGACACUGCCUCAGAGGCUUGA